CCCAAAGGGAAUUUCACCGACCCAUCGAACUAAGUCAACAGAGGAAGAAUGGGUUGUAAAUGCUGCAAGAAGAACAAGAAUAGCGAAGAGCUCACCGACGUCGAGAGGGCCAUCGAAAUCGUCAUCAACAACUUCCACUGUUAUGCUGUGAAAGGUCGGAAAGAGUGCAUAACCCCCAAUGAGCUGAAAGACCUGGUCGGGCAGAGGCUGCCACAUUUAGCAAAGGGCGCCGGCACUUUGGACGAGAAAAUCGAAUGCCUCGGGGAUGCAGAGGAAGCCAAACUGCAGUUCGGCGAGUACUGGGACAUCAUGGGAGACGCAGCCAAGGGCUGCAAAGGCCAAAAGAAAUAAGAAGACCAGAACCAC